AUGGAAAAGGCUGCGGCAAUAAGUAAUAGCAGACAAUUGUUCAGACUUGUCAAGGAAACCUGUGUUAAGAAUCCAACUGUUAGCGAAACUAUCUCGGAAAAAGAUAGACAUAUUAUUCAUUGUCAGUCCAGGAGAUUGGAUCGAUGGGCAGAACACUUUAAGGGUCAGUUCAACUGGCCUUCAGCCAUACUUCGGUUUCUCACGAUCUCCAGUCAACCUGAAUGUGAAGUUAAUGUAAGUCCUCCGACUCUUUACGAAGUUGAAAAAGCCAUAAGAAAUCUGAAGCGAGGGAGAGCAGCAGGCCCUGACAGGUUUAUUCCUGAGAUUUUUAAGGAUGGAGGUCCAGUAUUAGCAAUGAGAUUAACUGAGGUCUUAGGUAGAAUUUGGGAACUGGACGUAAUCCCAUCUGACUGGUCUCAAUCACUGAUUGUGCCAGUCUAUAAGAAAGGAUAA